AAAUUGUUCUUUAAUCUGUUGUUGAUUAUUCUAGCAAUGGUUUUAUUUAUGACGAAAGUCAGUGCCAAACGAUGGGCUGAUGGAGUAGAUGGAGUGUGUGCCUAAUCACUUUUUAUAGUGUUAAAUUAUACCAAUAAAGAUGAUGUAGCAAGCUUAGCGAUAGUUGAUUUAAACAAGUAAAUUCAUUAUUUUUGAGAUACCAGCUGAUCUCAAAGCGUAGAGCUCUGAGAUACACUACUCACAAUGCAGGCAGCCGAAACUGAGCCCAAGCGUACCAAGAGUUAUAUUGAUGAGGUAUACCGACUUUUAGAGGAAAAUCCAGGGGUUGAAGAAAUAUUACUCAUGAAUCGUUCCGGUGUGCCGAUCAAAACGUCAAUGGAACGCCAAGACGCACUUCAACAUGCCUGUCUUUAUGAGAAUUUGCGGGAAAAGUGUCAGUCAUUUCUAUCAAAAAUGGAGCCACCACAGCUCCUGACCAUGUUGCGAGUCCGUACCAGAUUCCACGAGGUCCUGCUAACACCUGAUGGCAAGUGCAAAAUGCAAAGGAUACACAUCUUAAGGUAGAGGAUCUAAAUCGUCAUUCCUCCAAUUUUUAAAUAAUUUCUCCUAUAUAUAUCUACGUUGUUAGUCAUCCAACUUCUUACACGUAAAACAUUCUUCUCACUUUGUACACAGCCCAAACACAACAAGCUGUUCAUUUAUGUGACUACCUGAAUAUAAAUUCAAUCAAAUAAGUAAUAAAUAGUCCUCAGAGCUUCAGCUUAAAAACAACAUUUAUUCCAAAAACAGAUGACAUUUUCUGACCAACAGAAAGUAAAUAUAUUCUUGUACUCGUAUUUAUAAAACACAUUUCAUUUUCAUACUCUUCAGUAUGUACAACAUAAACGUUAAGUUCUUCUAGAACUAAUGUAAAAUAUUGAA